CCGGCGGCCGUGAGGCUCCCGCCGCACCAUGGGCCGCCUCGCCGCCGCUGCCAUGUCGGCCGCCUUCCUCAGCCCCAGCCUCGCCUUCAGCUCCCACUUCGAUCCCGACGGCACCCCCCUUAGCGAGCUCUCCUGGUCCUCCUCGCUGGCUGUCGUGGCCGUUUCCUUCUCCGGGCUCUUCACCUUCAUCUUCCUCAUGUUGGCCUGCCUGUGCUGCAAGAAGGGAGACAUCGGCUUCAAGGAGUUUGAGAACGCCGAGGGGGACGACUACGUGACGGAGUUCUCGGCCCAGGGCUCGCCCGCCCCGCAGCAUGGCCCCGAGGUGUACGUCCUGCCCCUCACCGAGGUCUCGCUGCCCAUGGCCAAGCAGCCGGGGCGCUCAGUGCAGCUCCUCAAGUCUGCGGACCUUGGGCGGCAGAGCCUGCUGUACCUGAAGGAGAUAGGGCACGGAUGGUUCGGCAAGGUGUUCCUGGGGGAGGUGAACUCGGGCAUCAGCAGCACGCAGGUGGUGGUGAAGGAGCUGAAGGCCAGCGCCAGCGUGCAGGACCAGAUGCAGUUCCUGGAGGAAGCGCAGCCCUACAGGGCCCUCCAGCACACCAACCUGCUGCAGUGCCUGGCCCAGUGCGCCGAGGUCACCCCCUACCUGCUGGUGAUGGAGUUCUGCCCGCUGGGUGACCUGAAGGGAUACCUGCGGAGCUGCCGGGGGGCUGACACCAUGGCCCCGGACCCGCUCACCCUACAGAGGAUGGCAUGCGAGGUGGCCUGCGGCGUGCUGCACCUGCACAGGAACAACUACAUCCACAGCGACCUGGCCCUGCGGAACUGCCUACUCACCGCUGACCUGACCGUCAAGAUUGGGGACUACGGGCUCUCGCACUGCAAGUACAAAACCCUGCAUACUUGGCAGGACGACUACUUUGUGACGGCCGACCAGCUGUGGGUGCCGCUACGCUGGAUCGCACCCGAGCUCAUCGACGAGGUGCACGGCAACCUGCUCGUCGUGGACCAGACCAAGGCCAGCAACGUCUGGUCGCUGGGUGUAACCAUCUGGGAGCUGUUCGAGCUGGGCAGCCAGCCCUACGACCACUACUCCGACCGGCAGGUGCUUGCCUACGCCAUCAAGGAGCAGCAGCUGAAGCUGCCCAAGCCCCAGCUGAAGCUGUCGCUGGCAGAGCGCUGGUAUGAGGUGAUGCAGUUCUGCUGGCUGCAGCCUGAGCAGCGCCCAACAGCCGAGGAGGUGCACCUGCUGCUCUCCUACCUCUGCGCCAAAGGUGCGACGGAGGCGGAGGAGGAGUUCGAGAAGCGCUGGAACUCCAUGAAGCCCAACGGCAGCGCCAGCGGCAGCCACCACGGCACUGAGCUCUCCUCCUUCCCUCUGCUGGAGCACUUCUCGGCCGACGGCUUCCCCUCGGACGGGGACGACAUCCUCACCGUGAUGGAGACCAGCCACGGCCUCAACUUCGAGUACAAGUGGGAGCACACCAAGACCGAGCACUUCCAGGCGCCCCUGGGCUCCCUCAGCCCCAGCAGCGCCGCACGUUACCAUGAACUCUAUUACCCGGCGACGUCUGCGGGACACCUGAGCCUGGGGGUCUCGCCCUCCUGCUAUGAGUGCAAGCAGCCGGGCUGCCCCAGCCUGCCUCCACCCAGCAUGGUGCCCAUCCUGGGCGCACACAGCCCCUCGCUCGGCAGCGAGUACUACAUCCGCAUCGAGGGCCCCGCCGAGGGCAGCGCUGAGAUGGACUACACCAUGUGCUCCUACAGCCCCGAGGGCGAGCGCGGCUCCGCGUCCUGCUGGAGAGCCCAGGGUGCGCGGGAUGACUCAGACAGCAGCCCCACGGCCUCGCUGAGCAUGGAGCCGCUGCUGGGCCACGCGCCGGCAGGUGAGGGCUCGUGGGAGUGCGCCGAGUACUACCCCUACGCGGGGCAGGAGCAGCAUGGCUACGUGCCGUCCCCUGGCCCUGAGCAGUUCCUGCUGGACGAGGAGCGCACCGAGCCCGGUGACAAGGACUGGCCGGUGCCUGGCUUCCAGCACAGCAUCUUUGCCGACCCACUGGGCGUCUCGCCCUCGGUGAACUGCGCCUACAGCCCCCAGCACUACAGGCAGCCGCCAGCGCAGGGCGAAGCCCAUCUGGACUGCGUGGCGCUGGAGCUGGGCGAUGACAGUCCCCCCGGGGCUCCUCUCCCAUCGGCCCCCCAGCAGCAGCCCUGGGCCUCCAACAGUUCCUCCAACAAUAACAUCAGCAGUGGCAGCCCGGCGGCACGCGAGCCCCCCGACAGUUGGUGCUACCGCCGCAUGAUCACCUUCCGCGGGCUGAUGGCCAAGCCGCUGGGCACCGUGCCACCGCGCGCCCAGCCCCAGCUCGGGGGGUCCCCGCCGGGCAUUGAUUUCCGCCGCCCGCGGCAGGAGCAGCCCCAGCCCCCCGGCUCCUCCCAGUGCCGCUCGCCCUCCCCACGGAGCCAGGCCUGGCAGAGCCGUGACUCAUCAGCCUCCGGCCGCUCGCAGGCAGCUGCUCUGGCUGGCGGCCCCGACGCGGCCCUGGAAGCCGGAGCGCAGCCGUGCCCACAGGAUGCCCACCUGGCUGAGGGCAUGGAGCGGAGCAGCCCUCCCUGCAGCCCCCUGCCCCACGGCACAGCUGUGACAGGCCCCGGGGAGGCCACCCUUAUGGCCAGCACCACUGUGCCAAACCCUGCUCCUACUGGCGAGCCUGGCAUAGAUGGUGCCCAGCCUGCGCUGGAGGGCCCUGAGGCAGCAGUGUCUGCAGAGGCGGCCGCCGAGAGCAGCGUGUGCCCCACCAGCGACGCGGAGCGCACCCCGGACAAAACCUUCUCCAGCAGCAGCUUCCCUGGCGGCGACGAUGGCAGCGACGAGGACACGGCAGAACUGACUUCGGGCGUCUUCACUGACUUCUCCGGGGACUACAUGGAGCGGGCGGACAUGGCGCCGGCGUUCAAGUCCUUGCAGAAGCAGGUGGGGACACCGGACUCCCUGGAGUCGCUGGACAUCCCCUCCACCGCCAGCUCCUGCGAGGUGUUCAGCCCCACCGCCUUCACUCCUGCUGGGCAGCCCAAGGCUCUGGACAGCGGCUACGACACAGAGAACAAUGAGUCCCCUGAGUUCGUCCUCAAGGAGCCCCAUGAGCCCCGUGAGCCCGAGGCCUUUGGCCAGAUGGGGAAGCCACCCCCGGGGCUGCCAGGGGGAGACGGGGACAGCCCGGCCCCUGAAACGCGGCUCUCGGAGUCCUUCAGCACUGAGCUGCAUGGCCUCUCCGAAAAGAACCCCUACCGCGACUCUGCCUACUUCUCCGACUACGACGCCGAGGCUGAGCGUGGCGCCAAGGAUGAGGAGGACAGCGAUGGCUCUGAUACCCCAGAGGCAGAGAAGGAGGGACCCCAGCCCCACACGCAGGACACGGGACAGGCCCCUGAGCCAGGGGAGGACACACUGCACCCCCCGGGAGCGCCUGGCAGCCCCCUAGCAGCCCCCAGCACAGCGCUGGCAGCUGAAGUGCUGGACGUGGGGGUCUCUGCGGGGGACUGGCGGGGAGCAGAGGCUGGUGGCCCCGCAGUGCGGGAGCAUGGCGCGGAGCACCCAGCAACAGGCAGCUCCCUGCACCCCAAUGGAGAUGUUCUGGGGGGCUCUGUGCCAACCAAGACUUUCUCCUUGUCCCUGGUGCCAGAUGGUGAGGAGCCGAUGCUGAGUGAAGGGACCCAUGUGGCUGAGAGCAUCCCUGGACUGGGGGAAGACGUGGCUGGGGGUGAACAGACUGUGCCCCCCGUGCCAGGGCUUGGGGCAGCGGGGCUGUCCCCAGAGGGCACCGGGGUGGGCAUCACACCUGGAGGGGAUGCACCCGGGGGUCCCAGCACGCUGCUAUCAGGGGAUGAGACACCGGUGGGCAUCUCCCUGCUCCCAUCCACCCCUGAGCGCCAAGAGGAGCCCGAGGAGGAGGAGGAGGACACAGAGGACAGCGAUGAGUCUGACGAGGAGCUGCGCUGCUACAACAUCCAGGAGCAGAGCGAGGAGAGCGAGGAGGAGCCGGCGGCCGUCCCCAUCGUGGUGGCCGAGAGCCACAGCGGCAGGAACCUGCGCAGCUUGCUCAAGAUGCCCAGCCUGCUCUCCGAGGCCUUCUGCGAGGACCUGGAGCGCAAAAAGAAGGCUGUGUCCUUCUACGACGAUGUCACCAUCUACCUCUUUGACCAGGAAAGCCCCACGCGGGAGCUGGGCGAGCAGAGCUUCCCGGAUGCCCCCGAGCCCACGGCGCAGCCCCCAGCCAGCAGCAGCCCCACCAGCCCCGCCAGCCCCACGGAGAGGCUGAGCGCAUCAGACGACUCCUCGGAUGGCAACGCCUCGGAAGAAAGUGGAGGCUUUGAGUGGGACGAUGACUUUCCGCUCAUGCCGGUGAAGCCAUCCCUGAUGUCCUCGCUGACACCGGCAGAGCCUGACCCGGCCGUGCCCACGCUGGUGCCAGCCCCGAAGCAGGUGCUGCCCCUCCAGUUCUCCCGCUUCACGGUCUCGCCUGCCCCUGUAUCCCGGUUCUCCAUCACCCACGUCUCCGACUCGGACAUGGACUCCGUAGGAGGCAGCAGCGAAGACGGUGACCGGGAAUGAGCCAAUGUGCGCCUCACCUGCCUGCGCCCUUGGCACCGGCACUGGCACCGGCACCAGGACUGGCACCGGCCAGCGGCCGCAGAGGACAGGGGCAGCCAGAGCCUGAUGGGGGCUCCUGGCACCGUGCUCCAUUUCUUAGGCAGAUGUGGUCGGAAGGAGCUGGGGUGCUGCUGGCUGGAGCCGGGCACGGCCCGGGACGAGGCGGUGGGUGCCGGCGGUGUGUGUGCGCGUGGAUGGCUGCGUGUGUAUAUAGAAAUAUAUAUAUAUAUAUAUAGACAUAUAUAUAUAUAUAAAAUUAUAGCAUUUAAAGGGUAGUGCCCUGACCUUGCUAACAUUUGCUCAGUCCCCCCUCAUUGACGUUCCUCCCCGCCCCGCCCCCACACACACAUUGGCUUUCUCCCCACGUGUGCUCCCCGAGGCGCUCUUUGUCCCCACGUGCACCUUGAUGCCACCCUGUGUCCCCCCCCCCAGGGCUGGCACUGCCUCUCAGCUGCUGGGAGGGCUCGGGGGGGGGCUGCCCCUUGCUUUUUGCCAGGCCCUUCGGGGAGCAGCCCCAGCCCAGCAGGGGACCCGAAAGGUUUGGGGGGGACCCCCUCCCCUGAGGCUUUGGGGGGGGGUGGCGAGCACCAACCUGACUAUUUUUGUAUUUAAAGAAAAGGAAAAAAAAAAAAAAA